UCCAGGAGGAGAUGAAUUACGGAUUUGGGCGAGAAAGUGGUUUCAUCAACAGCCAGCCGUCGCUCGCUGAGUGCCUGACAUCUCUCCCUAACCCUGUCGGUGAUGCAUUUCAAAGUUCAUCAAUCAAGAGCCCGGCGCUUUCACACUCCACACUGAUUCCUCCUCCUUUUGAGCAGAGCAUCCCCGGCCUGAACCCGGGCGCCCACCCACGCCACAGCCGCUCCACAAAGCAGCAGGCGGCCGUGAAAGGCUACAGCAGCCCGGCGCAGGCUGCAUCUUUACCCCCGGAGUACCCGUGGAUGAAGGAGAAGAAAAGCAUCAGGAGGAACCAGAUUUCUGCAACUACGACUGACUCUUCACCUCCUCACUUCUCCCCCCAAGGUUCACCAGAGGCUCCUGAGGGUGCUGUUGGCGGUGGAGGGGCAUCCCGGAGGCUGAGGACCGCGUACACCAACACCCAACUCCUGGAGCUGGAGAAGGAGUUCCACUUCAACAAAUAUCUGUGCAGACCAAGGCGCGUGGAAAUAGCUGCUUUGCUGGAUUUAAGCGAGAGGCAGGUGAAGGUUUGGUUCCAGAACCGGAGGAUGAAGCACAAGAGGCAGACGCACAGUAAGGAGAACAGGGACAGCGAGGGCAAGUACGUGGGCCUGGAGGACGACGAAGACGACGACGCAGCGGAGGAGGACUUUUUCGAGCGGGCAGGGAAGGAGGAGAGGUUUUUCCAGCAGCACAAUGGAGAGAAUCAGAGCCCGGCUCUGGACAACGAUGAGAAAAAUCUGAAACAUGUUCCCAUCGCGGCUCCUACUGCUCCACUUUACGCGCCGACAAUAGACCGGGACAAUGAUGGCCAUUCCACGGGCCUGGACGUCUGCUUUCAGGAUUUUCACGUUUUCUCCCCCUCUGCUUCUUUCUCACCCAGUUUGUCUGAAUCCACGCAGAGUCCUCUGACUUUAUCAUCCGAGACUUUUGACCUUUUCUCAGAAACUCUCACAACAAUCGACCUGCAGAACUUGACCUAUUAA